UCAAAUACAUACUCAAAAGUCAAGCCUUCUUUAUCUCUUUCCCUUUAUACUUCUUCUUUACUUUCUGAUAUCAGCAUAUAUGGCAGCAAAGCUAAUAUCCACCGGUAUUCGUCACACAACUUUGCCGGAAAACUAUGUUCGGCCACUCUCCAACCGUCCAUGUCUCUCUGACGUCUCUCCACUUAAAGAUUUCCCUAUCAUCGACCUAUCUUCCACAGAUCGAUCUCGGCUAGUCCAACAAAUCCACCAAGCUUGCUCCCGAUUCGGGUUUUUUCAGGUCAUAAAUCACAGAGUUAGCAAAGAUACAAUAGAUGGAAUGGUGAGUGUUGCGAACGAGUUCUUUAGCAUGUCUAUGGAGGAAAAAAUGAAGCUGUACUCGGACGAUCCAACGAAGACGACGAGAUUAUCAACGAGCUUCAAUGUGAAAAAAGAAGAGGUCAACAAUUGGAGAGACUAUCUUAGACUACAUUGUUAUCCUAUCAGCAAGUAUGUCCAUGAGUGGCCUUCAAACCCUCCUUCUUUCAAGGAAGUUGUGAGUAGAUACAGUACAGAUGUAAGAGAACUGGGAUUUACUAUAGAGGAACUGAUAUCAGAGAGCCUGGGUUUAGAAAAAGAUCACAUGAGGAAAGUGCUUGGUGAACAAGGUCAACACAUGGCAGUCAACUAUUACCCUCCAUGUCCUGAGCCUGAGCUCACUUAUGGUUUACCUGCUCACACCGACCCAAACGCACUCACCAUUCUUCUCCAAGAUGCUACCGUUUGUGGUCUACAGAUCUUGAUCGACGGCCAGUGGUUCGCCGUUAAUCCACAUCCUGAUGCUUUUGUCAUCAACAUUGGUGACCAGUUCGAGGCAUUGAGUAACGGAAUAUACAAAAGUGUUUGGCAUCGAGCAGUAACAAACACCGAAAAACCGAGAUUAUCGGUCGCAUCAUUUCUGUGCCCAGCUGACUGCGCUGUCAUAAGCCCGGCAAAGCCCUUGUGGGAAGCCGAGGAGGACGAGGCUAAGCCAAUAUACAGAGACUACACUUACGCAGAGUACUACAAAAAGUUUUGGAGUAGGAAUCUGGACCAAGAGCAUUGCCUUGAGAACUUUCUAAACGACUAGAUACUAUACACAUGUCUGUCUCUGUAUGUGUAGUAGCAGGCACGCCCUGGAGAGAAGCUAAAGAAGCAUUAGCUUCAGGCCUUCAAUAUUUUGGGCCCUAAAUUUGCAGAAAAUUUUGGACCCUAAAUUUGCAAAAAGUUUCUUAGUCUUGUGGUCUAAGUGGGGUUGUUUUUCUGCUCAAUUUCCUCAGUUCGAACAGAAACCUCAUUUUUCAGCCUUUUUUUCUUUUUUUCUUAUUAGAUUAUGGUCUUAUCGAAGCAUACAUAUAUAUAUCUGCUUACCCAUCUUUCCGUAUAAUAAUAAUAAUUUGAUAGUGAUAGAUCUCUUGAUAACAAUGUACAACUAUUAUGGGCAUAUAUUUAUGUGUGUUAAACAAUUUGUUACCUUA